AUGAGCGGCUUCGGGGACGCGGGAGAGGACGCCCCGCAUGCGGACGGGAUCCCCAGGCCCGGGGCCGCGCAGCCCGAGGCCGGACAGCUCGCAAGGGAGCUGCACCAGUGCUUGCUGCGCGGCCUGACGAAGGUCGAACGGCUCGCGAGCUUGCGGCACGAAGAGAGCCUCGACGUACUCGAUCGGCUCGAGUGCCUGGAGAAGCUUCCGUCGCAACUCUUCAUCCUCACGGAGCUCGACGGACGCAUCAUCUAUGCCUCUCCGUCGGCGCCAAUCGUCCUCGGGCAGUCGGCUGCGUCCCUGCGCGGGCGGCCCGUACACUCCCUCCUCCUCCUCAACGACGGCAUCGAGCUCGCCCACCGCUACAUCCACAACAGGCAGCUCCUCGGGGAGGGCUCGCAUCCAGAUGGUCUCACCGACUGGCCUCUUGACGUCACGCUGCCCCCCACCUCCCCCGUCGACACCGACGUCAACGUGCACAGGGUCGAGCUGUCGGCGCAGUGGGUGCCGUGCGAUGCGUCGAUGCGACAGGACUGGGACUCCGUGGGCACGGCGCCGCAGCGCGGCGCCGCGAAGCGCCUCGGCUCGCCCUGGCGUGUGUGCGUAGUGAUCUCACUGCGGUUCGACCGCAUCGAGGACGCAGCGGGGCAGGACUGCGUGGGCAGCCCAGGCAUCAUCAGGGCGUGCAGGGACUUCCCGAUCACUCCGGUGGUCGAUCCGACGGCCCCGAGGCGGGAGGAGGUGGCGAAAGCGAGUAUGUAUCGCAUGCGGGACCUGCCGGCGGACAGGGAGGGCGAGGCGGCCCAGGAAGCGCCGUGGGUGUACCCGCGCGGGGACCCGCGCGGCGAGCCGCCGCAGGACACGCUGGUCGACCAGAUCGCGCGCGCUGCGUGUCCGGGGCUGCUGCUCGACGCCGACGGCACGGUGCUCGCCGCCACGCAGCUGCACCCGGCGCUCCGCGAGGACGUGGUGGGGAAGCGGCUGGAGGUCGUCGUCGCGGAGAGCGACAGAGAGGCCGUGCGCGGGAUGCUGGGUGGGGGGACUGAUUCGAGCCCAGUCUUCCUGACGCUGUCGCUGUGCUGUCCGGGACGGCGCAGGACCGCGUCGGGCGCCGCGGAGGAGUGGCAGCCGUUCGAGUGCCUGGUGUUCGCGGUGCCGCAGGGGGCGCGGGCGCUGAUGGCCACGGUGCCGGCGUACGUGUUCCGGACUGACACGUUCCUCAACGUCCGGUCGGCCUCCGCCUCGUAUUACCACGCCUGCUGCUUCGAAGAGCAAGACGUGGUCGGGCUCCCGGUGACCGCGGGCCUGCUCCAGGACGACCAGCCCGUCCUGCGGACCGCAGUCACAAACCUCAUGCGGCAGGCAUACGAGCAGCUGUCGAGCCGCGUGUCGCAGGCCAGCGCCGACGACGCGACGGUGCGGAUGUCCAGCGGGGGCGGCGAGUGGGCCGAGGACGAGAUGCCGCUUCCCGACGGCGCGCUCCCGCCACGCGCGGCGCACGCCAGCGUGCGCCUGACGUCAGCGGUGUCCUACCGGCGGAGGGUCCGUGGCAUGCUGGUGCGCGUGGACGCGACGGUCGUGGUGAUCAGCCCCGCGAGCUACCACUUGGAUAUCGUGGUGUUCGAGGUGCCGAAGCUCGACGACGACACGAGGGCGUUCCUCCCCACGUGUCCCGACGGCCUCGAGGCGGUGGCCUGCGACGCCGGCGCCGACGCAACCCGCGGCGACGACCGCGCGGAGGCCGGCGGUGACCGCGACGACAGCGACGGGGCGGAUGCGGCGGCGGUGGCGCGCGAGGGGCCCAUGCACGCCCUGAAGCGGCAGCUUGAAACCACCGUGCAACAGCUCGAGGGCGCGAUGGCGAACAUCCUCGAGCCGGCCGCGUUCUUCGUCACGGACGCGGCCACCGAGCUCCGGCACGCCAGCGUCGGCAUGAAGCGCAUGUGGGGAGUCGGACCGGAUAAAGUGCGGUCGCUGCACGAGCUCGUCACGGGGCAGGCGGCCGAGGCCGGCGCGGAGGUCUACAAGGUCGACGUCAAGUCCGUGCGCGCGGGGCUCCUGCCCUACAACGUCCUCAGCACGUGCUGGUGGAGCGCGGCGCGCGACGGCGCGGCGUUCCCGGUGGCGACGGGCGUGGCGCUCAGCGUGGGCGCGCGCGGGGACAUCCGCGUCGGCGCGUACGCGCGCGAGGCAGGGGACUUCGCGCUCGGCCUGCCCUGGGCGGCCCCGCCGCCGUACACGGCCGGGUGCGGCGUCGACACCGUAACGCUGACCGUCAGCAAGGCGGGCUCCGUGCAGCGGUGCUCCGGGAACGCGGCCCCGCUGCUCGGCAGGAAGAUGCGCGAGGUCGUCGCCUCGCUUUUCCUCGACCUCGUCCACAAGUCGGACCGCAGCCGCAUCGCCUCUGCCUUUGCCAGUGUCGCGAUGGCUCCCGACCCCACGCACGUCUCCGCGCGGCUCCUCGUGCGCGUCCGGCGCGCGCUGAUGCUCGACCGCCGCGUCCACGGCAGCUCGAGCGGCACGGGCGCGACGGACAGCCCGGUCGGCGCGCAGCCGCGGUGGGCGACCGCCACCACGGCGCGCACGUCGUCGAGCGCGGGAGGGCUGACGCGGAGCUCGGGCGCGGGCGUGGAGUCCGCGGAGGGGUCGGGCCGGUCGCGCGGGUUCCAGCACCAGGUGCAGAAGGUCGCGCUCGUCGACAUCACCGCGGCUCCGGGCGACGCCGGGCGCGGAGCCGUCGUGAUACAGAUGUCUGACGUUACGCGCGCCGUGGACUGCCUCGCGCUCCGGGCGGUGGUGGAGGCGAUCGAGGACGUCUGUCCGACGCCGAUCCUCUCGCUCGACGCGGACGGCAACGUCGUGCGGGCGUCCGCGAACAGCGUCGCGUGGCUCGGGGGGCAGGCCGCAAGCGCGCUGCUUCAGAGAGUCGCGCCCGAGGUGGCGGGCGGGAUCCGCGCGAUGGACGAGUCCGCGAAGCGCGCCCUCGCGUCGCCGCGCAGCGGCGCGGACCUGAUCGGCCCGCCCCGGGGUGGCGGGGGGGGUUGGAGGGGGUGUCGGUACCCCCUGGUCAGCCCCUGCUGCGAGGUCCAGCGGCUGUGGCUGCGGAACGCGGACGGCGACCGCACGAGCCCGCGCGAAGGUCUCGCGGUGAUUCGGCCGUGCAGCGACGCUGCCGCCGGCGCCGCGUCCAGCCAGCCGCACCACAUCAGCGCCGGCAACAUCAUCGCGCUGCGCGACAUUUUGAAGAGGAUGCCGGGCGUCAGCCUGCACUCGCUGCUCGCAGCGACGCCCGCGCAGCAGGGCUCGCCCACGCCGG